CUUCUGCAGAGCUAGUUUAUGGCUUAAACCACCCGGCGAAUUUUUUGUGUAUUUACAUUUCUCGACAGAAAUUGAACCACUCACAUAGUUAAUUGUGUUAAUUAUCAUCUAUAUUACAUCAUUUAUUUAUAAGGUAGCAACAAUACAGAAACUUGAGUGUAAAUCACUUCAUUUAAUUUCAUUUGCACACACACUGUACACCAAAUCUGACGUUUGAUCUGACGUUUCGUGACACAACUGAGACAUAACCUCACAUUUUUUUUAAAUUAUUUCUAAAUUUUAAUGUUUAAGUGUUUCCCCAACAAAUUCUUUAUUUCCUUUAUUUUAAACGUUUAAAAUUAAACAUUUUUUAAUAAAUCACUUAAUUUAGAAGAAUAAAUUGACACAUGAUAAAAAAAAACAUAACCUCAAUCAGCAUUUACAAUGAACGUUAUAAGACGAUUAUCAACAAGAAUUUUAUCAUACACAAUAAGAAGACAAGUUUUUAAUCAAGAGAUACCUACAUUAAUAAACGGAAUAAAGUUUUAUCAUGAAAACACGCCAAAAUUAUAUCCAAUAAGAAGUUAUAGUAGUGAAAAAGAUACCAAAAAGGCAACAACUAAACAUGAAUUAGGAAAAGUCUCUGGAAAGCUUCAGUUAAUAUAUACGUGUAAAAUAUGUAAUACAAUAAAUAAUCAUUUCAUUUCAAAAGUGGCGUAUGAAAAUGGUGUUGUGAUUGUUACAUGUUCGGGGUGUAAAAGUAAACAUUUAAUUGCGGAUAAUUUGAAUUGGUUCCAAGAUGGGAAACGAAACAUCGAGGAUAUUAUGGCCGAAAAGGGAGAAACUGUUAAAAGAUGUACUUCUGACGGGUGUACCGAGAUUACCGUGGAAGAAAUAAAGAAUCGUAAAAAAUAAAAA